AUGCGCGAAUGUAUUUCUAUUCAUGUCGGACAAGCCGGCGUUCAAAUUGGCAACUCAUGCUGGGAGCUCUAUUGCCUUGAACAUGGCCUAACUCCGGACGGGACUAUCGAAAAUCCGGGAUCCCAGAACGAUGGGUCGUUUAGCACAUUUUUUUCUGAAAUGUCGAACGGAAAGUAUGUUCCGAGAACCGUUUUUGUUGAUCUGGAAUCCUCUGUGGUUGACGAAGUUAGGACUGGAAAGUAUAAAAACCUGUUUCACCCGGAACAACUUAUAACGGGAAAGGAAGAUGCCGCCAACAACUACGCACGUGGUCACUACACAGUUGGAAAAGAAAUCAUUGAUCCAGUUCUUGACAGGAUUAGAAAGUUGGCAGACAACUGUACUGGUCUUCAAGGCUUUCUUGUUUUCCAUUCUUUUGGAGGCGGUACGGGCUCUGGAUUUGGAGCUUUGCUUCUGGAGCGCCUUUCCGUUGAUUAUGGGAAAAAAAGCAAGCUCGAGUUUACGGUGUACCCCGCUCCUCAACUGUCAAGUGCCGUAGUGGAGCCAUACAACUCCAUUUUAACCACACAUACCACCCUGGAGCACUCGGACUGCGCCUUUAUGGUUGAUAAUGAAGCAAUUUAUGAUAUUUGCCGGAAGAAUUUGGACAUUGAACGCCCGUCGUAUACGAACCUAAAUCGCCUGAUUGCCCAGGUGGUUUCUUCCAUCACGGCGUCUCUUAGAUUUGACGGCUCCCUUAACGUGGAUCUGACCGAAUUCCAAACCAAUCUGGUCCCAUAUCCAAGAAUUCAUUUUCCACUUGUUACCUAUGCCCCUGUGAUUUCUACCGCCAAAUCCACGCAUGAACAGCAUUCUGUCUUGGAGAUUACGUCUGCCUGCUUUGACCCCAAUAACCAGAUGGUUAAAUGCGACCCCAGACACGGCAAAUACAUGGCGUGUUGUCUGCUUUACCGAGGGGAUGUUGUCCCGAAAGACGUUUCGGCCUCCAUUGCCACCAUUAAGGCCAAAAGAACAGUCCAGUUUGUCGAUUGGUGUCCCACAGGCUUCAAAGUCGGCAUCAACUACCAGCCUCCAACUGCCGUUCCAGAUGGCGACUUGGCCAAGGUAAACCGUGCCGUUUGUAUGCUUUCCAACACCACUGCCAUUGCUGAGGCCUGGGCCCGUCUGGAUCACAAGUUCGAUCUGAUGUAUGCCAAGCGUGCAUUUGUCCAUUGGUACGUGGGAGAGGGUAUGGAGGAGGGUGAGUUUUCCGAGGCCAGGGAAGAUCUAGCAGCUCUAGAAAAAGAUUAUGAGCAGCUUGCUACGGACUCUGGUGACUUUAUGGUGGACGAGUAUUAA